GGGAUGUUUCUCAUGGUUGAGGAUGUGCAUGGGCAUGAGGGUGAUGUGGGAUUUGUGGGAAAGGUUGUGAUGCACCCUCUCACGCACUGGGUGAUUGAUUCAGGUUGCACCAGUCACAUGACCCCACGGGCAGAUUUCCUUGAUGAGAAGAGCAAGGCCGAAGUGACCUUUGGACCAACCAGCUGUCGUGCUAAGCUUGGGAAGAAGGUGCUGUGGAGUCUGGAAGAGGAGACCAGCUGCAUCAAGGACCUGCCUAAGUGGCAUUGGAUGAGGAGACUCCUUGAUAAGGAGGUGCGGCUGGAGAUAGUGAAGACCCAUCAGCAGGCAGCAGAUAUUUUCACUAAGCGUUUGGCGGAGGCGGAUCAUUGGAAGGGCAUGAAGCUUGCUGGGAUGAGUGUGCAUUGAGCAUGCAUGCUUGAGAUGUGGUAUGGUG